AUGGCAUUCCCCAUGGUUGCUGAAUCUGCUGGCUCACCUGCUGCUCGUCAGCAGGUUAUGAGCCCAAGCGGCCCAAGGCUCUCUGGUGAAGAUCAUGGUCCUGAUUAUGGAAGACAGGAUGGGCAACAGUUGGGUGCAGCUGCAGCAACCUUGAAUGGUUACAGAUCAGCGCCUGAGACUGGAGUGCAAUCAGUGCCUGAGAAUUCAGGGCCUGGUCGUGCCCCAUGUGCAACUUCGGUGGCUGAUGGGCCUGGUGUCGCCCCUGGAAAUGAUGCAGUUUUCAUGAAUGGUGCACAUGGAUCAGCGCCUGCGAAUGCACCAUCUGGGGUUGAAGCAGUGGGAAUGUCAUCGCAUGUCAGCAGUGGAGCUGGAGAGGUUUUACAGUCUGGUGGAAUGGGCUUGGGGCCGAGGUCUGCUACAAUGGGGGCAACGGAUAUGGAACCGCCACGGACAAUGGGAUCUGGGCUUACAGAUAGAGCAUGGUUGCAACCCUCACCUCUUCAGUCUCCGGCAUCAGCAGCGAAUGCCCUUCAGAGGACCGCCGAGGCAGCUCGUACGAGUCGUGCAGCGAUGUGGUUUUCCAGAUUGGGCGAAUUUUUCCAACAGCGUCGAGUGGAGGUGCAUACGGCUUGGAGUCCGAUGCAUGAGAAUCCUUGGCUGAGGCCACGUACCACUGGGUAUGGCCAAGGUGAUGGCUCCGCUGAGGGAGCAACAAUUUUCCCGCCCCCUACACCGCCUUCUUCUGGAUCGGCUGGGAUUCCGCAGGAGUUGGUUCAGGCUGAAGUGGCGAAGCAACUGGAUGGGGCAAUGAGUGAGCUGUAUAGUGGAAUGAUGGGAAAGAUUCAAGAUGAGCGGCGAAAGACUGAAGAAGCUAUGGAUGAGGCGAGGUCGCUCAGGUUGCAGCUGGAAAGGAUGGAAGAACGAAUGGCCACCAAUCCUGUAGUGCAAGUGGCGGGAGCUCAACAAGGAGUUCCACAGAACCAUCCUACACCUGGUCCACCACCUGGCCUUACGGUGGGUACCAGUGGAAGCCUGCUGCAGCAUUUUCAAGACUAUUCGGCGGGUGAGAGACAAGCGAUGGGUUCUGCUUCACUUCUCCUUCCUGGUGUGUCUUCAGUAAGACCUAAUGUGGCGGGAGCUCAACCAGGAGUGCACCUCGGUCUUCUUCACCUGAACCUACACAACAAUGAGAUUAAGAACCUGAAGGCGAUCAAGCCCACCUUGAAGAUCUUGUUUGGAGGUGAUGAUCACCAGUCCAUCACGACCUCAUCACCACGGGCAGCGCUGAUGGAUUCCGGAGCUACCCAUGCGCUGCGACCGCCUUUGAGCCAAAGUGAAUGGGACCAAGCUACGCAAGUGGAUGUGGCACUGGCUGGCGAUGCUCGGACGAUCAUGAAGCAGAACAGCCAAGGCACCCUUCUGAGCGGCGAUGAGGUCACCCAGAUGAUUGUCCCGAUGGGUAAGGUGAUUUCGAAGCUGGGCUACAAGCUUAACUGGACCCCAUCGUGCUGUGAAUUGGUGGAUGGUGAUGGUGGAAGCAUGCCUCUUAAAGUCGUGGAUGGAUGCCCGGAGAUUGAUGCGACGACGGCACAUGUUCUUAUCUCCAAGCUUGAGGCUUCCCAGCUUCCAACGUUGAGGGAGGCCACCAUGGAGUCCUUGAACGUCCUGAACCAGGUGACAACAAGCUGGUGGGCAUGCCUUUGCGAGUAUGCUAGCACUGGGGACAUUAUGGCUGGGCGCGAGGCUCUUUCAAAGGCCCCGUUUUUCAGGGAUGCUGAGGAGCUGCAGUCGGAGCUUUUGAUCCGACACCCUCGGGAAAGCGCCUGGGAUUGCAUGAAGGAGAUAGCCUUGAAUCGAAGAACGAGAAAGAGGUUGCUUCGUGCAGCGACAUGGGUGAUUCGUUGGGACCCGCCUGGCGAUUAUCGCCCCAGUGAUGCCUUGCUUCAGUUGGGGCGCUUGACGGAUGUGGUCUACGUGAAUGUGGGCUCCAUGAUGAAUAUGGGCGACUUCACCAAGGUGUGGAAGGUGCUGGUAUGGGCGGCAGUUAAUGGUCGCAUUGGGGCGCUCUUGUCGCAUGAUGUGGCGGCUACUCCAGCCGAGUUCGCCGUGUAUGAGACGCACCGCAAUCGCUUUCAGUUUCUGCAUGCUUUGGCGGCUGCAGGACAGGUCCAACGGGGUGGUUGCAUUCCUAAGUUCUUGGUGGAGAGGAGGAGGUUUCGUACGGCUGAAGAUCCUGGAAUUGCUUGGGUUGAUGAUGGCCAUGCACAGCUGUACCUGAAUGAAAUGGGCAUUUCGAACCCUAUGGUGGCGGAGAAUGAGCUCACGGAGGUUGUGAGUGGAUUGUUUGGGGUGUUUCGCACCGAUGGCAGUGGUCGCAUCAAACUUUCAAAAAUGUCUGCCGAUGCUGCCUGGAGACUUCACGUCAUGCGGAACCACCAACCUUUCAGGAGGGACUGUGCUAUCUGCGUGAGGAAUGCAGCGACGGGGAGGAGGCAUAGGAGCACCCUUCACCCCUCAGGCUAUGUCCUGAGUGUGGAUGUUGCUGGACCUCUUCGUGGACAUGGGCGAUCUCCUGACGGAAAGUUCUUCAAGUACUUUGUCAUUGGGGCUUUCAGGAUCCCCAAAGCUGAUGGGAUGGAAGUCCAUCAUGAAGUUCGGGGCCACCCUAUACCGGACGACUGGAAAGAGGAGGAGCCCGAGGAGACGCUAUCGGAUGAAGAGGCUGAGUUUCCAGAGGAAGAGGAGGAGGUGGAGUUGCCUCCAGUGGGGGAGGAACAAAGGGCUAAAGAAGAAUGGGAAAAGCUCAAAGCCACCUUUAAAGAACCCCUGGAGACCGAGACCUUGUACUACUGCGUGCCUGUCCGAAACAAAAAGGCCGCCACUAUGCUGCCGGCGAUCCAACAGAUGGUGGUGGAUAUUAAGGCGCUGGGGUAUCCGGUAGUGAGGGUUCAUGCUGACCGAGGAGGUGAAUUUCGUGGCAACUUGGUUAGGAAGUGGAUCCUUUCGCAAGGAAUGCUGCCAACAACAUCAACAGGCUCGGAGCCAGCUGAAAAUGGAGUGGCUGAGGCAGGAGUUCGAUUCCUGAAGAGGCGAGCGAGAAUAUUGCUUGAUGCUGCUGGGCUUCCGCGUGAACACUGGCCCACGGCAAUUCAGACAGCAGCGGCCCAACAAAGGUGUGAGAAACUGGGCAUCGUGCCACCCAUGCCUGUGGCCUAUGGAGCGAAGGUGUACGUGAAGAUCAAGAAGUACAAGACCGGUGAUGUUAGUGGGAAGUAUCUGGGGCCGGCCACUGACAUCCGAGGUGGGCAUGUGAUCCUGAAGUCCACCGGCACCUUCAUCCAAACCACACAUGUGAGGGUGGCCCGUGAUCCACCACCUUUGGACACUGUGGCCCCCACCAUUUUGGUGGAACCGGAAUCGCCGCCACCCAUGCCACCACCAUCAGCAGCUCCGGACUCAAAACCGGCCUCUACAAAGGAUGAUGAGCUUCCUCCAUAUCCAAAAGGCCCACCUGUGUCCUAUGCUCCGCCGAUGACAAGGGCCACUUCGAAGACCCCUGGAGUGAGAUUGAGGACAAUGAAGGUGGAAGAGUGUGGAGGUGAGGCACCAGAUGAACUUGAUGCACUACAAGCACGCUUGGCGGAAUGCGAUGGUGGAGAAGAUGGCGAACUCCGAAUGUGUGGUUUGCAGCCACACCAAACCUCAGAGGUGGAGAUCAUGGCGAGGCGAUUGUGUGAAGCGGGGAAGUAUGAGAAGAAGGGGUGCGUAGAGAUUUUGGGGGAACUCGACAAGGUGAAGUGCAAUUUGCGAAAUCCUCGGGCUCUUGUGGGUCAAGGGAUAUUGAUGGGGGCCUAUGUUCAAGGACCCUUCCAUGGCAUAACCUCGAAUGCCAAAGCACUGCCUUGGACGACGAGGUACCUGAAUGCCUACCUUCUUCAGCAACUUAAGAGAUCGUACCCGGAUCGUCAGCCAACAUGGAGUACCCUUGUGUUGCACCACAUCGCCGAGGCCAAGAUGCAUAAGGACAUCCACAAUGAGAAGGGGACCACCAACUACAUCAUGGAACUGCCCAUGGAAGUGAAAUCCGGGCUUUGGUUGGAACAUGGAGGUGAUCUUGGUUCCACUCUUGCACGGGGUGAACGAUGCCUACACGAGCAUGGUGAAGAUCCUCAAGCCCUGGUUGAAGGAAAAUUGGUGGAUGUCUCAAAACACCCGGCGGGGUUUGACCCAAAAAGACGACAUGCGUGGGUGAAGGACGAUGGAAGGAAGUGGAUUCUUUCCGCUUACACCCCGGCGGGGUUGCAUCGCUUGGGGCGAGGCGACUUAGCGUUUCCUCGUGAUCAUGGCUUUCCUCAUGAAGAUCCACAAGAACCAGAAUGCUCUGGUGGAAACACGAUGAAGGCGCUCUCGGUGAGCGAGACAUUGGAAACCACACCUUUGUCUGAGGUGUUCUCUUCUGGUCCGGAGUGCACGGCUCAGGGCGGAGCCCGGGUCGUAUGGGAAGAGGAGGAGGACACCCCUGCCACUUGGGAGGAGGUUGAGUAUGUAGGAGAUUGGGAGGUGUUCGUCGAUGAUGAGUUCAAGCAUGGCGAUGACCCCGAAAUUGGUUCCCCUGAUCCUCCGCUACUACGUCGUGUUUGUGGAUCUGAUGACCCUGGAGGAGAGCUGGAGUAUGUUUGCCGGCGCUACAUGAACCACUUGGAGUGGGAGGACGUGCCUGAUGAAGUGGGUGAAGAUAUGGCUUCAAAGCUGGAAAGUUGGCCGUCACAUGGAUUGGGUCCGAGAAUGGCAAAAAUGGAGCCGGAGUACACCCCGAACAUCGAAGACCUGAUUCGGAACCUUCAAGAACCCCUACGACAUACCCACAAUGUGAGUCCUGCGGAAGUGAGGCUGAACCCUACGAAAUGGCUGCCCUCCAUCAAGAAGGAACUACAAGUGGUGGAAAAGGGGUUUCAACGAUUGAGUUCCUCGCAGGCGAAGCAGUAUGAGAGGGACCCGAAUGUGCAGAAUCUCCCAGCGAAAAUGGUGUAUACCCUCAAGCCUCCAGCAGCAGAGAAUCAAGAGACUGGCGGCGAGGAGAGCUUAUGCAAACGGAAAGCUCGAAUUGUAUGCUGUGGAAAUUUUGCUGAUGAUGCCCCUCAGGAUGUUUUCGCCAGCGGUGCAGCAGCGGAGAGUAUGAGGUGCACUUUGGUGUAUUCGAUGUAUCGCAAAUGGAUCACUGGAUCCUUGGACAUAACGGGGGCCUUUAUGCUGACUCCAAUGCCCGUUGGUCCCGAUCAGGUGCGGUACUUGAUUACACCCCCAGCGAUUUUGGUGCAACUUGGCCUGGUGCAACCUGGUGAGAAAUGGCUGCUAACACAUGGGAUGUAUGGGCUACGGCAAUCACCAAAGCUGUGGGCGAACUAUCGUGACAAGAUGAUGAAGGAGAUGGUUUUCGAAACCGAGAAUCGUCAGUGGAGGCUUCACCAAGGGGCGGCGGAACCGAACAUCUGGUUCAUUUAUGAAGCUGGGAGUUCUUGUCUGGAUCCACCAGAUGGCACAAUCUUGGUCUAUGUGGAUGAUUUGAUGAUUUGUGCCCCACUUGCUCUGCUCACGGCGACAGCUUCUAAGAUUGGUUCGGUGUGGAAAACAUCACCAUUGGAGGUGAUGACCCGGGACCGCGGCAUUCGUUUUCUGGGAUGUGAGAUUGAGAUGGCCAAUGAGGAACAUGGCAUAUUUCUUCAUCAACGCCCGUAUGUGAUGGAGUUGUUGAGGUCCCAUGGCAUCCCUGAGCAACAUAAGUCGCCGAUUCCGUGUUCCAGGGAGUUGUUGACGUUUACUGCAGAGGAUGGUGAAAGCCCCGGGACCGAAAGUGAACUACGACAAGCGCAACGAUUGUGUGGGGAGUUGUUGUGGAUUGCACAAAGGAGCAGACCGGAUAUCUCUUUUCCGGUAGCGGCCAUGGGUUCCUUGCUUACAAAGGCCGCUCCUCGCUGCAUCACCAUCGGCAUCAAGCUCCUGGCAUACCUGCAAGCCACGAUGAACUAUGCCCUUUGCAUCCAGGACAGUGGCCCUGGUUUGACCGCCUGGAGCGACGCAUCCUUUGCUCCAACCGGAGAGCGAAGCCACAGCGGCAUCGUCAUUACCUGGAGGGGGACCGUUGUUGGUUGGCGGUCCUCCCGUCAACCUUUCGUAUGCCUAAGUACAGCGGAAUGUGAGUUGAUGGCAUCGAUCGAGGCCUUGGUGAUGGCGAUGUCAAUGCGAGCAAUCACCGACCAAUUUGAAAAGGGUGAUUCAAAAAUCGGCCUGAAGGUGGAUAACCAAGCUGCCAUCGUGCUGGCCAGUCCGGCAUCCAGCGCAAGCUGGAGAACUCGACAUCUUCGUGUUCGGGCGUCCUUCCUGAGGGAGAAGAUCGAGCUGAACCAAGUGGCCCUGGAAUUCGUUCCAGGCAAGCUGCAAUUGGCAGACUUAUUAACCAAAAGCUUUCCACGCCAGCGGUUACAGGAAUUGGUGGGCCUUUGGGGCAUAGUCGAUCGGGUCGUACGAACAGCUGAGACCUCAUUGGCGAGGAUGGUUGUUUUGAUGAUGAUGGUGCAAACUUGCCGGGCAAGGCAAGUAAAGGAACCAACCCCGUUGGAUACAUCUCUGGAGCUGUAUGUCGUGAUGAUUUUGGCUGGAGUGGCUUUGGUGGCUGCUUGGGAAGGCCUAUGGUGGAUUUGGUAUCGCCUGUUUGAUGGUCACGACAACUCGCGACGAGUGAAGCGCCUCCGUCGUUUGCAGCAAGCAGUGGAGAUGGAACUGCACCAUCAGAUGAACAAUCGCGUUCGUGAAGAACGACCCGAAGAGCCCUCCUGCCGAUCCAUUGGAGUGCAAGCUGACCUGGCGAUGGUUCGUUUGGUCCCACAGGAGCCGAUGACGCGAAUUGAAAUCAGGGAGGUCGAGGUCCCUGUCCCCGAGAUCCCCAACGGCCCGUUCUACAUUACUGAUGGAGGGGAUCAUGUAAUGGAAGAUCUUUACGACAAGCAAGGACAGGUUGACGAUAUGUACAGUAAUCAGGCAUCGGAUACCGAAGCCAGAUUAAGGAGGAGUGAUGAAGAGUCCUUCUCAUGUCAACCUUGA